AGCCUGGUUGGCCGCACAUGCUUUUAGUCCGCGUUCAUGCAUGUAAGCGUGCCCCACUGGCCAGCCCACAGCCGCUGCUCUGCACUGUUCUCAUAUGGAUGAUAACGCCGUCCCGACCAACGGGUCGUUGUCCACCCUCCGAUUGUCCCCCAGGUUCAGACUGUUAGCUCUGUCAGCAGUCUUACCAACGGUUAGCAUUUGCUUAUACUUUUUAUCUAGUACAAAUACGGUUAUUCUGUGAGUGUUUCUACAGGAAAGAGUCUUGAUGUCAUCAAUAUGACCAGUGAAAACAGUAAUCAUCUACAAAUAUGGAUAUACUCAUUGACUCCAACAUUGAGCCUCUUUCAUUGCCUCUUCUCUGCUGCGUCUCACUUCUGUAUCACAGUCUGGUUGUAAGGACUAAUCAGGAAAGAGAUGCUGCCGAGCCCUAAUGACCUGUCUGAGUUGGACUCAGUAGAAGUUACAGAACUCCAGGAAACCCAAACAUACCACAAAUGUAAUAAGCCGUCAGGUCAUGUAUCUACAUCCCAGAAUGGAUCUAAAGUUAUGGCUUUUCUCAAGAGAAAUGCUUUCGUUGUUCUCACAAUGGCCAGCGUUGCAUUAGGGAUUGGCCUGGGCUUUGCUCUACGACACAUUAAUAUGACAGCCAGGGAUGUAAAAUAUUUAACCUUUCCUGGAGAGCUACUGUUGAGACUCCUGCAGAUGUUGGUGCUUCCUCUCAUCAUUUCCAGUGUGAUUGCAGGAAUUUCAUCUGUGGACAAGAAGGCUUAUGGGAAGAUUGGGCUAAGGGCCUUCUGCUAUUACAUGGUCACCACAAUUAUUGCUGCAUUCACUGGCAUUGCCUUAGCUGUUCUUAUCCAGCCAGGGAAAUCAUCCAGAACUGCCUCAGUGUCCUCUAGUGGUCAUCCACAGGCUGUGCAGACUGUGGAUUCCUUUCUAGAUCUAAUCAGAAACAUGAUUCCCUCCAAUCUGGUGGAAGCUUGUUUCCGAAAGUACAAAUCCGGUUAUUCUGGGAGUGUUUCUACAGGAAAGAGUCUUGAUGUCAUCAAUAUGACUGAGACCAGUGAAAACAAUGACACAGUACCAGUACCAGGCACCGUAGACGGAGUUAAUAUGUUGGGUCUAUUGGGCUUCUCUGUUGCGUUUGGCCUCAUCCUGGGCAGUAUGGGCACUGAGGGAAAACCUCUGAGGGAUUUCUUUGACUGCCUGAAUAAAGCCAUUAUGCAUCUGGUCAACAUAUUCAUCUGGUAUACCCCAGUGGGAAUGCUCUUCCUGCUGGCAGGACAGAUUUUGAAGAUGACAGACAUUGGAGAGAUAGGUCGAGAAGUUACCAUGUAUACUCUCACCGUGAUCACUGGCCUCUUAAUCCACGGCCUCCUCACUCUUCCCCUCAUCUAUUUCGUGGUCACACGAAAGAAUCCCUUCAGGUUUAUGCUUGGUCUACUCCAGGCUCUCAACACUGCCUUUGGCACUUCAUCAAGUUCUGCAACCCUACCUGUUACCCUCUACUGUAUGGAGGAAAAUCACAACAUGGACAAACAAGUGACACGCAUCAUGCUCCCUAUUGGGGCCACAGUGAACAUGGAUGGUGCAGCACUCUAUGAAGCUGUAGCUGCAUUAUUCAUUGCCCAGGUUAAUGAUAUGGAGUUCAACCUGGGUCAGAUCAUUGUCCUCAGUUUGAUUGUCACAGCUGCAAGCACUGGUGCAGCAGGCAUCCCACAGGCCGGCAUGGUUACCAUGAUGAUUGUGUUGGAAUCAGCUGGACUGCCCACUGAAGACAUAUCACUGCUCUUUAUGAUGGAUUGGAUCCUGGAUCGUCUAAGGACUACCAUCAAUGUGCUGGGUGACUGUAUCGGUGUGGGUGUAGUGCAGCAUCUGUCCAGACAUGAGCUGCAGCGCUCCAGUCCUGCAGAACAAAACUUGGUGGAAGAAAGCACCCUGAUCUGAGCUUCAUGAGGCUUGACAGCAUCUGUAUUCAAUGACUAAGAUUCAUGUGACAUGAUAACAAAAUACUUGUUUUUUGUCUUUGUUAAAUUGAUGAGGUGUUUUACUACCCAGUAUACAGUAAAGGUAGAUAAUCAUUUAGCUUACAAUAUGGACAGUUAUCCACAGGAACAUGUUUUAGCUCUUCAGGAAAAACAAUGAAAGAAACUCUCUGUGACUUGCAGGUGUUAUAUUAGUGGAACAGAGGUUAGGAAGUGAAUUAGUUGCCCCUGCUUCAGCUGCGAUCAGGAGGAGUGAUACAUUUUUGAGACGUAACCCUCAGUACAUGAGGAGCAGGAAGAAUUAACAGCACACAUCCUGAUGGUGUUCUAUGUACAGUAUGUUUGACAUAAAAUGUUAAACUUUAGGAUUUGAUAAAACUAGUAUAGGCUGACAAUAUUUACCAAUAGAGCAUAGAUGUUAUUAAUUAUAAUAUAUAUCAGUUUGUGCCUGCAUACUGUAACUGGUGUGUUCUUGAAUGACAUUUGUCUCAUUUGUCACAGGCCUUAGGUUGGGUUAGUGUAUUUUUGCUUGUUUUUUAGAUAUAGAGAGAAAGUGUUUCGUAUCCCCAUUAGUAACAUCAAGUACUAUCCUAUACUCUUCAAUUUUAUUCUCUAACUCCUUAUGACAUUGUUGAAUAGUCUACAAGACUUUAAGGUAACAGCACAUACGUUAGAAUGCAACAUAUAUUAACCUUGUAAAACAUAACACAGGCUUUACAUGAGGUUAUCAAGAGGUCAGUCCAACCCAAGUAUCUAUGGCACUGCAGGUGUCUUUCAUAGCGAACACUCUACUACCAUCUGGUGGCAGGACAGUCAACACGCAAGACAAAAAAAUAUCUGUGACCCAGUUACACAUGGGCAUUGCAUAUAAAUAUAUAGAGAACUAUUUAAUACUUAAUAAAAGUAAACACAAUACAGUGUGGGCCUGAAACUGAAA